GCCAACACAACAACUGUCGUAUUUCCGUAGUCAACAAACGACGUUGACGUUUCACCGCGUAGCAAGUGAAAGUGUCACGUCGAUUGGAUUCCUGUCAGAAAUAUUAUUAUACUGGUUUAUUUCACUCGGACUGCCUAGAGGUUAUCGCCGGGAAAAAUGGGUGUUAAGCCUGCGAUUGGAAGAAAAUCUAACAAAAACCCACCUAUUUUUAGUCAUGAAUUUGUGAUUCAGAAUCAUGCGGACAUAGUUUCGUGUGUGGUUAUGGUGUUUUUGGUCGGGCUGAUGGUACAGUCUACGAGUCCCAUAGCGAGUUUAUUCAUCAGCCUGCACCACAAUGUGAGUGGAGUUGAGCCCUCCAGAGAACUGCCAAAAGGAGAGCCAUUCUUCUAUGAAGCAGGAUGGAAAGACGCCUGUGCAGUAUUCUUUUACUCUUUGGUGUGCAUUGUUAUGCAUGCCAUCCUCCAAGAGUAUUUCUUGGAUAAAAUAUCAAAGAAGUUUCAUCUGUCCAAAUCAAGACUGAGUGCCCUGAAUGAGUCUGGUCAACUGGUUGUGUUCCACCUAGUAACUCUAGUGUGGGGUGGUGAUGCCAUCAUCCGAGAAGGAUUUGUCUUCAAUGUGUCACAGUUAUGGGACGGCUACCCCAACCACCCAAUGAGCUUCUUGCUGAAACUCUGGUGGAUUGUUCAGGCUUCAUACUGGAUCCACACCGUCCCUGAGUUGUACUUCCAGCGUAUCAAGAAAGAUGAGUGGAUGGGCCGCAUCAGGCACGCCGCUGCUGCAUUCGCUUUCGUCGCUCUGGCUUAUGGCUUCAAGUUCCAACGUGUGGGUGUGUGCUUAGUAGUUUUGCACUCUCUCGCCGAAUUCGUCGCCCACAGCUACCGGCUCAACACCAUCCUUAGGGGAGAGCGUGAAGACUGGUUAGACAAAUUCUUGAGCCUUAUCAACGGUUCCGUGUUCGUGGCUGUUCGCCUGUGCUCGUUGGUGCUCGGCGUGCUGACGUUCUACUUCGGUCUGGCGGGAGCUGCUCAACUCGUGCUGCGCGUCGCUGCGCUAUCUGUCCUUGUAUCUUUCCAGGUUUACUUGAUGUUCAACUUCAUCUCUGAAGCUAUCAAGCAGAGACAAGAGAGCCGCCAACAGGCUCAAGCCAAACCCAAGAAAGAGAAAAAAGAAAAGCCUAAGAAGGAAAAAGUAAAGAAAGCCCCGGUUGAGGAGUCGGACCUGCCCGAGGUGGACCAGAACACGAACAAGACGCUGCGACAGCGACAGAGCGCCGUCAAGGCGAAGUGAACGCUCACACACUGACAUUAAACUGUAUCGUUAGGUUGUCGUCAUCCCGUUGUAACUGAGUCUUUCCACUACUACACUUUAGUUACUUGAGCUGACUCUUUAUCUUCCCCUUUAGGUAUCAAUGUUAUAGCACAAAACAUACUUUUGUAUUGUGAGAUUCGUAAGGACUCUGGUACAUGUAAUCGAUGUCGAUGUUUAAUUGAUGUUAAUUAAAAUAGGUAUCAAGCACGUACGUGACAAGACUUACUUUAUCGUAGUUAAUAAUAUUGUAUUUUUCAUUUUACGGAACGUUAAUUUAGACUGUGGAACAUAUUAUCGUCAUUAAAAGUAUAGUGGAUACAGGGUUGUAAAAAUAUCUCCUAAAGUGUAAAAAAUGAAGUCUAGCUUAAACUGUUGUUUAUAUGAAUAUAUUGAUAAGAAUAUUGAAGUACUGUGUUUUCAUACACAUUAAAUGAUGAAAAUUCCAUUUUUAUUUUGCAUUUCAAUAUUUAAAGAAAUUAUUUUUUGUUGUAAUAAGAUAGAUUCCAAUACGAGUUUACUUUUUAAAUUAUAUUUUUAUAUUUACAGUAUACUUUUACUAUUUAACAGUUUGUAUAAUUUUAACGAGACGAAAGUUUUCUUCUGUUGCUGUAAGUUGUAAUCAGGUGCUGUUCAGUUAAUAUUAUUCUUUAUACAUAUAUUCAUAGCAUUUGGUAUGAACGUAUUGCCACGUUACACUUUGAGAUUGAAUCCGUGAUUAUUGUUAUACUUUAAUGAACUAAAGAAAUAAUGAAAUUAUUCUUCCUAAUGUGAAAUUGUGCUCAUAAAUUAUUAUAUAAUUUUCAUGAGAAUUGUCAAUUUUAAAAGCUUGAUGUUAUUUUUAUUUCAAAAUAAAUUUUUGUAAGAAACCGUCGUAAUUUA